AUGGCGACUCAGUACGAACUACCGUUCACGCUAUCCGAUCCCACACUGCUGCAUUUCGACUCCUUCAUCGGCGAUAAAUGGAUCGGUGCAAAGAGCGGGAAGCGAUUUGAAGUACUUGACCCCGGUAGCGACAAGGCGUGGGCCAGCUGCCCCGCCAACGCAGCAGAAGAUGUAUCGACUGCAGUAGAAUCUGCGCACGCGGCAUUCGAGCAAUUCCGCAAAGUCAACCCACGCCAGCGCGCGAAGUGGCUGCUCGAGUGGCACAGUUUGACAACGGCGGCGCGCGAUGACCUCGCCCAGAUCGUAACCCAUGAGACUGGAAAGCCAUUGGCAGAAGCAUAUGGAGAGAUCGACUAUUCACUAGGCUUCUUGUGGUGGUUCGCUGGAGAAGCAGAGCGCAUUCAGGGCACUGUGUCAACAGCCGCUGCACCAAACCGACGUCUGUUCACUAUCAAGCAGCCGAUCGGCGUGGCUGCCGCGCUGGUUCCAUGGAACUUCCCCGUUGCUAUGGUUCUUCGGAAAGUGAGCGCUGCAAUGGCAGCUGGCUGUACAAUGGUGGUGAAACCCAGCCCAGAGACACCUAUCUCUGCACUUGUACUGGCGGAACUGGCUCGUCGGGCCGGUAUCCCAGCUGGAGUGUUCAAUGUGUUGACUACAGAUCUUGAAAAUACCCCGCCGCUGAGCGAGGCGCUGUGCAAGCACCCACUUGUCAAGAAGGUGACAUUCACUGGAUCAACCCGGGUUGGCAAGCUGGUAGCAUCGCACUGUGCACACGGUCUCAAGAAGCUGACCCUCGAGCUGGGCGGUAACUGUCCCUUCAUUGUCUUCAACGAUGCCAACCUUGACCAAGCGAUUGAGCAGUUGAUGGCCCUGAAGUGGCGUCAUGCUGGCCAGGCUUGUAUUACUGCCAACCGAAUCUACGUCCAGGAGGGAAUUUACGAUCGCUUUGCUACUCUUCUCAAGGAACGGACCGCUGCUCUGGUUGUUGGUCAUGGCGCUGCUGCUGGAACCACAAUGGGCCCAUUGACGACGCCUCAAAGUCUCAAAAAGGCAUCUUCCCAGGUCGAGGACGCUCGUCGUCUCGGUGCCGACGUUAUCUUGGGUGGUAACCCGCUAACAUCAAAGCCCGGGUACUUCUUUGAGCCCACUAUUCUCUCGGGAAUGACCGAAGAGAUGCUCAUCUCGCAGGAGGAGUCUUUCGCUCCCAUUGCUGCACUAUACAAGUUUGAGACUGAGGAUCAAGCUGUUAAAUUGGCCAAUGAUACCAGCAUGGGUCUGGCUAGCUAUGCAUUCACCAAAAAUAUCGAUCGCAUGUGGCGUUUAUUGGAGAACUUGGAGGCCGGAAUGAUCGGAAUGAACACUGGUAAUCAAUCUGCUGCCGAAUCGCCCUUCGGCGGUAUUAAGGAGUCUGGAUAUGGCAAAGAAAGCGGAAAGGACGUGGCCGUCAACGAGUACUUGGUCACCAAAACGGGAACCUUCACCAUUGAGGGACAGUAUUAA